GAAGCAGAACUUGUCCGACGUCAUAACCUUCAAAGGACGUGGCCUUUCUCAGAUCAGCAGCGACUAAAAAUAUAGAUCGACUGAUCAUGUGUUUUUCAUUUGCCUAAAGAGUAAAAAAAAAAAAAAAAAAAAAAAAAAAAAAAAAAAGUCGGGGAACACACUGUAUGUGGUGAUUUUCUCCAAGUAAAGUUGUUUUGUGUUGGCCAGAACUGCCAGAGGCCAAAUUUCGAGAGGGUGCUCGCUGCAGAGCCAGAUGGGAGGAGCUGGAGCUCCAGCUCUCCCUCGCUGGAGUGAAAUGGCAGAAGCCAGUAUCUCAUGGGCUGAGGAUCAGUUCAGCUGUCCAGUGUGUUUGGAUCUGCUGAAGACUCCAGUGACGAUUCCCUGUGGACACAGUUACUGUAUGAGCUGCAUCUCAGACUACUGGGAUCAGGAUGAUCAGAAGGGAAUCUACAGCUGUCCUCAGUGCAGACAGACCUUCACACCAAGGCCAGUUUUGGGUAAGAAUGUGGUGUUUGCUGAAAUGGUGGAGAAACUGAAGAUGAUGAGACUCCAAGCUGCUGCUCCUGCAGUUCAUCACACUGGAUCUGGAGAUGUUCAGUGCGACUCCUGCACUGGAAUUAAACAGAAAGCAGUGAAAUUGUGUCUGGAGUGUCGAAUCUCUUACUGCCAAAAUCAUCUUGAACAGCAUGAGAGUCUCUUCAGAGGUAAAGGACACAAUCUGAUGGACACUACUGGACGACUGCAAGAGAUGAUUUGCCCACGACAUAAUAAACUGCUGGAAAUUUACUGCCGUACCGACCAGAAGUGUAUCUGUAUGCUGUGUUUGGUGGACGAACACAAAAAUCAUGACACUGUAUCAACUGCAGCAGCAAGAAAAGAGAAACAGAGAUGUUUGGAGAAGACACAGAUAAAAAUCCAAAAGAGAAUCCAGCAGAAAGAGAAAGAUCUUAAGGAGUUGAGAGAGGCUGUGGAGUCUCAUAAGCACUCUGCACAGACAGCAGUGGAGGAGAGUGAGAGGAUCUUCACUGAACUCAUCUGCUUCAUUGAGAAAUGUCGCUCUGAGGUGACGCAGCUGAUCAGAGAUCAGGAAAGAGCUGCAGUGAGUCGAGCUGAAGAACAACUGGAGCAACUAAAGAAGGAGAUUGAUGAACUGAAGAGGAGAAAUGCUGAGCUGAAUCAGCUUUCACACACAGAUGAUCAUGACAUUGUUCAUUUUUUCCAGAGUUUGCAGUCUGUCUCUUCCUCUGGAUCUACAGACAACUACACUGUCAGUAAUCAUUCUUUUGAUGCUGUAGUGAAAUCAGUCUCUCAACUCAGAGAUGAACUGCAGCAGUAUUCCAGAGAGACUAUAGAAAAGUUGUCUGAAAGAGUGAAAACCAUCCAGGUCAUUGGCAUUCCUGAAUAUCAGACCAGACAGGAGUUCCUACGAUAUUCUUGCCUGCUGACUUUGGAUCUGAACACAGUGAAUUACUUACUCCAUCUGUCUGAGGAAAACACUGCGAUCACACUCGAUGGCACAUAUCAGUAUUAUCCUGAUCAUCCAGACAGAUUUGACCGUUGGUCACUGGCGUUGUGUAGGGAGGGUAUGACUGGACGCUGUUACUGGGAGGUGGAGUGGGCUGGCAGAGGAACAUCGGGAGUAGACAUAGCAGUGGCAUAUAAGAGCAUUAGUAGGAAGGGAGGGGGAGUUGAGAUUGACGCUGGACGAAACGAUCAGUCCUGGAGAUUGUACUGCACUCCUUUUUGUUGCUCAUUCUGGCAUAAAAACAUCGAGACCGUCCUUCCUGUAACCCGUGUGUCCAGUAGAAUAGGAGUGUAUGUGGAUCACAGUGCAGGGAUUUUGUCCUUCUACAGUGUCACAGACAGAAUGAGUCUCAUCCACAGAGUCCAGACCACAUUCACUCAGCCUCUUUAUGCAUUGUUUGGACUAUAUGAGAACUCAGUGGUGAAACUGUGUCGCCUAAACAGUUGCAGUUGAAUCAGUGUCAAUAAGACGGCAUGGGGAUUUUUUUGUUUUUGUAAUUAUUGGACUAUAAUGACUCAACAUGAUUAAACUGUGCUGUUUGACUGAAUAAAACAUACAGAGAUUCUAUUGAUUAUUUUGUCAUAUCCACUACUUAACUUUUACAAAUCAUGAAUAUAUUAAGAGUAAAACUUCUUAUCUGAUGAGUAUAAUAAUGGCUGUAAUAUAGAUGUUGAAAAAUGUAUGAACUUGAUUUUUUUGUUAAUUUGAUGUAAUUCUUGUUUGAAGAUAAGUAGCUUUUAAAUCUCCCAAUAAAAUAUAUGUUUAAAUA